AUGGAUUUAUCAGCAAUAAAUUCCAAUUUUAAGAAUUUCCUUGAAGAAGUUGGUUCAUAUUAUAGUGUUGUUGAUGAUCAAGAAGUCCAAAUAUUAAGGAAAAAGCAAGACGAAUGUUACAAAAAUUUCUUGGAUGUCCAUCUUGAAUAUACGAAGUGUAAUUUCAUAGUUUAAUAAUUUAGGUGUAUAACAAAUCGAUGACAAAUACAGUGAUUUGAAUAAAACUUUUAAGUUCAAAACAGAAAAAGCUGCCAAAUCUUACAAAUCCUGUUUAUAACACAAAAAGGUUGAAGAAUGCCAUGAAAGAACAUGGAAGCAUCUUCAUGAAAAUAUGAAGCAAUACAUUUCAUUAUUAAGAAGAAUUGAUACCUAAACUAUUAAAUAUUGA